AUGGAGGGGCCUGAAUGGGAGUCGCUGGAGCAGUGCUUGGAGAAGCACCUGCCACCCGCAGACUUGAGGGAGGUGAAACGCAUUCUCUAUGGCAAGGAAACCAGGAAGCUCGAUCUGCCCGGCAGGGCUUUUGAAGCCGCCUCUGAAGGGGACUUUGAGCUGCAAGGCUAUGCCUUUGAGGCAGCAAAGGAGCAACUGAGGCCACCUCGGACCAUGCGUGUGGGACUUGUUCAGAACAGAACUCCCCUGCCUGCCGAUGCCCCUGUGGCAAAACAGGUCACUGCCCUUCACAGACGCAUAGAAGCCAUCGCAGAGGUGGCUGCAAUGUGUGGAGUGAACAUCAUCUGUUUCCAGGAAGCAUGGACUAUGCCCUUUGCUUUCUGUACGAGAGAGAAGCUCCCUUGGACAGAAUUUGCUGAGUCAGCAGAGGAUGGACCCACCACCAGAUACUGUCAGAAGCUGGCAAAGAAGCAUGACAUGGUGGUGGUAUCCCCCAUCCUGGAACGAGACAGAGAGCAUGGGGACAUUUUGUGGAACACAGCUGUGGUGAUCUCCAAUUCUGGAGCUGUCCUGGGAAAGACCAGGAAAAACCACAUCCCCAGAGUGGGUGACUUCAAUGAGUCAACUUACUACAUGGAGGGAAACCUCGGACACCCCGUGUUCCAGACUCAGUUCGGGAGGAUUGCGGUGAACAUUUGCUAUGGGCGGCACCACCCUCUCAACUGGCUCAUGUACAGCAUCAACGGGGCUGAGAUCAUCUUCAACCCCUCAGCCACCAUCGGAGCACUCAGUGAGUCCCUGUGGCCAAUUGAGGCCAGAAACGCAGCCAUUGCAAAUCACUGCUUCACCUGUGCUAUCAACCGCGUGGGCCAGGAGCACUUCCCGAAUGAGUUUACCUCUGGAGAUGGGAAGAAAGCUCACCAGGACUUCGGCUACUUUUAUGGCUCGAGCUACGUGGCAGGCCCGGACAGCAGCCGCACCCCUGGUCUCUCCCGCAAUCGGGACGGGCUGCUGGUUGCCGAGCUUGACCUGAACCUCUGCCGGCAGGUGAAUGACAUCUGGAACUUCAAGAUGACGGGCAGAUAUGAGAUGUACGCUCGGGAACUUGCCGAAGCCAUCAAACCCAACUACAGCCCCAAUAUUGUGAAAGAGUAGCUGGAUGUCAGUCCCUGCCUACCAAGGAGGGGACCUCUGCCCCUAGCAGCUCAUCAAGUACAGCAGGCUUUUACACUUUCAAGUUCUCCCUCAUGAUGCCCUGAUAACAUUGCUGUACAGAUUGGUUUUAAAAUGCCCAGGCAGGGAGGGUAGAUUGAAGAGUGACUGCUUAAUGAAUAUGAGGUUUCCUUCCUGGGUGAUGAAAUGUUUUGGGGCUACACAGAGGUGAUGGUUAUACUUCUAAUGUACUAAAUGUACUAAAUGUACAUGAAUGUACUAAAUGCCAUUGAAUUGUAUACUUUAAAAUGGCUAAUUCUGUGUUAUAUGAAGUUUACCUAAUUUUAAAAAAUCCCAGGCACUGCUUGUGCAGGUUGACUUGCGUUUAAACACAUGGGAUGCCCCAGUCCUGAGGUUCCUCACCUCCUCUGUUUAGACUGUCAGCAACCUGAGGGUAAGGGUGGGAGUGUAUGUCCAAGGGAAAAGCCGAGGCUGAUCCAGAGUCCUUGAAUUACCAAGUGGUUGUGGGCAGGGGAGACGGUCAUUAGAUGUGUCCACUUGGCCAGGCUGCAGUCUCCAGAUAUUCAAUCAGACGUUAAUCUGGGUGUUGCUGUGAAGGUAUUUUGUCGACGUCAUUAAAGUCUGUGACCAGUUAACUAAGCAAGUGAGAUUAUCCUAGAUAAUCCUGAUAGGCCUGAUUCAGUCAGUCAAAAGGCCUUCAGAGGAGAGCUGAGGCUUCCCCAGUGAAAAAGAAAUUCUGCCUGUGGACAGCAGCUUCCUUCCCAGGCCUGUUUGAGUUCCAGUUUGUCCUUCCUGGUGGCCUGCCCUACAGAUUUCAGACUUGUCUGUCCAGCCCCCACAAUCACUUAA